AUGGUUAAUAAUGAAAAGGAAGAAAUAAGAUUUUGGUUAACUGAAUGUGGACAUGUAAUAUGUCACAAAUGUAUCAAAACUAACAAAAUAAAUGUUGAUAGUAAUAAAGGAGUUGAUGCUGAAAAAUUCAAAGGCGAAGGCAGUAAAAGCAAAAAAGUUAAUGAUGGUGAUGAUUAUAAUAAUAAAGAAUGUAACAAUGAAGCCAUUUUUAGCAAUAAUAAUGCUGGAAAAGAUGGUAAUAGCACGAAUGCUAAAGUUAAAGAUAAAUCCUUUUCAAUUGCUACUACCGCUGAGACUAUUUGUCUAGUUUGCAAUGCUAAAUGUGUAGUUGUCGAAUGUAAUGAUAAUUUCCAGCAAACCAAUACAGCUUCACUCAUUAAUUUUCUGAAAGAUAAGUUGGUAAAACAAAACAAAAUGCUUGAUAAAGCAAAAAAUGAAUUAUUAAAUUGCAAGAAUUUGAAAAGGUUGGUCGAUCCGCCUAUUUAUAAAAUAAUUGAUCAAUAA